AUGAAGUUUGAUGCCACUAUCUCCCAGCCUUUACAACAACCUUAUACUGAUCAAUUGGCAGUCACAAUUACAAUAGGCCAAAUGAAAGUUAGGCAAGUGCUUGUUGAUAUCGGAAGCACAGCUGAUCUUAUCACCAUGGAUCGCCUCAAAAAAAAGAAGUUUGAGGAAAAGCAUCUACUUACUAUUGACAAAUCCCUCAUUAGCUUUGGAGUCUGUGUUGGAGAAAAUGGCAGUUGCAAAACGAUGUCGAUUCGCUUCACCGUGGUCGACACUAACUUUUCCUAUAAUGCUAUCAUGGGACUUCCUCUCAUCAACAAGUUAAAGGCAAUUAUCUCUCCUUAUCAGCUCUUGCUACAAUUUGAGCAGGAUGAUGGAAAGGUGGGAAUCCUAAAGGAGAUCAAAAGACAGCUCGUUAAUGCCUUAUCAACUCAUUAA